GUGAAAUGAAUCAAGAGGAUUUGGUAGGUUCUCAAAUGUCUUCAUAUAUAAGAGGUAGCAGAAAUUCUUGCAGUAGUUACAUUAAAAUCAAAGGGUGAUAACACUGCCAAGAUGAAGUAUGUGGGAUUAAUAGUUUUAAACUGCUUCGCAACCGUUUUUGGCAGACCCGGUCUGCUCAUAGGUGGUGGCGAUUUGGGAGGUUUCCAGGGUGCCGGUGGGCACGGUUCCCAAAACACUUUAAUAGGCAUUCCGGACGUUCACGGCUACGCUGGGUUGGUCUACCCUAAUUUUGGAUUACAAGAUUUAGGAACGAUCUAUCAAGGAGAAAUUCCCCCAAAAGUUGUAAAAAUUAAUAGCGCUGUCGCGUUUAAAAUUCCGAAACCGUACCCAGUUAAGGUACCCCAUAAUGUUCCCUUCCCGGUUCCUGUAGAAAAACCUUAUCCCGUACCGGUAACGCAGUUGGUUAAAGUACCUCAGCCUGUACCCGUGGAAGUUAUUAAAAGUGUAGCCGUACCGGUCGAAGUGCCUAAACCGUAUCCGGUUCCCGAAAGUGAAUACGCCGCGGCACAUGGAUCUGGUGGAGGAUUCAGCGGUUACGGUAGCAAUAACGGCCAAUUUGGUCAAUUCAACAGCCAGGAAGGAUACGGAGGCGCUGACAGUUAUAGCUCGUAUAAUAAUCAAGAGGGUUCGAAUUACGGGCAAGGGUUCGAAGGCCAGGACGACAAUUCGCCCUCUUACGGCGCAAUUGCUCCCGCCGAUAGUAACCAAAAUUUCGAAUCAACUCAGAACCUCGAUCAACAUAAUUAA